AGAGUCCUGUCCAGUUGGAGUGCUCUGAGGAGAAACCAUUCCAAUGGGAGAUUUUGCUUGAAAGGAAACUGGUUUGCAAAGCUGAGAUAUUAGUUUACAUUCUUCCUGUCUGGGCUGGCACAUGGAAGUUCAUAAACUUUCCCUUCAGACAGGAGAAAAAAAAGUGGGAUUGUAUCUGGCCAAGUUACCAAGAAACCCUCAGUGACAAGAUUGACGAAGUACAACAACUAGAGGAACCGGAGGAGCCCAUAGACUGGGAGGAGUCAUGGAAAAUGUCAGAGGUAGAAAUUGAACCAAUAGACAUGACCGAAGAAGAGACCCCGACUACAAGCCCCAGCACUGAAACCACAUUGAUGACGAGGAUUCAUGACGUGUUCCUGCCUGACUGGAGCGACUCCUGGCUGCUCGGUGCAGCUCCUGUGGGGGAAGAAGAAGAAUAUCACAAGAACUGGAACUCCUGCUGGGGAUACAGUCAGCAGAUCAGGUGGUGCAGGGCUUCACUACAGUCCCAACACCGACACAGCGCCAGGCUGACCAGGAGACGUAAAGCCACAAACACCCUCCUCACAUCACAGCUGGACGAAGAGCUGACGGACAGCACAGAGUGGACAGACGCCUGGAGGAUUCCUAAGAGAUGGAUAGAACCAGAAGAGGAAGAACUGGAGACGCAGGAGGAGGAGGGGAAGGAGGAGAUCAUGGAUGAUACAGAGGAGGAAGAGGAGGACAAAGGUGUGGAUAAGGACAAGGAAAGUGAAGAAGAAGAUGAAGAAGAAAACAAGGACAAGAGAGCGAACGAAAAAGAAGAGGAUGAUGAUGAAGAUGUGGAUGAAGAGGACAAAGAAGUACUAAAGGAAGAGGAUGAAGAGGAGCAGGACAAAGAACCACAUGACAGGAUGGAGGAAAAUAAAGAAAUCAUAGGCAGGGAUAAUGAAGUGCCUAAGGAGGAGGAAGAGGAGGAGGAGGAAGAGGAAGAGGAGGAAGAGGAGGAGGAGGAAGAGGAGCAGGACAAAGAACUACAUGACAGGAUGGAGGAAAAUAAAGAAAUCAUAGGCAGGGAUAAUGACAAUGAAGUGCCUAAGGAGGAGGAAGAGGAGGAGGAGGAAGAGGAGGAGGAGGGAGAGGAAGAGGAGGAAGAGGAAGAGGAGGAAGAGGAGCAGGACAAAGAACUACAUGACAGGACGGAGGAAAAUAAAGAAAUCAUAGGCAGGGAUAAUGAAGUGCCUAAGGAGAGGAAGAGGAGGAGGAGGAAGAGGAGGAGGAGGGAGAAACAAUCAGGACAGGGACAAACAAAAAAUGAAGAAGAAGAUGAGGUGGAAAAGGAUGAAGACGAAGACGCAGAAGUGGAAGAGGUGAAGAAAGAGGAGGAAGAUGAUAUCUUGGAGAACAAAGUAAAGACCCGGAUCAAACAGACAGCUGAUGUCCCGCUCCACCUGCAGUUCCACAAACUCAACAACUCCUUCCUCUCCUGGAAGCACUCGUGGAUGGUGGCCUUCCCCCACCGAUCGGGAGAUGUAGAGGAGGAGGAGGAGGAGGAGGAAGAUGGGGAGAUGGAAGAGCUGCAGGCUUGGAAAGAGUCGUGGAGGAUUUGUCGCUGGAAGAAGCCAGAAGAGGACACGGUGGUGAGUUUCUCCACCCAGCACCGCACCCUGAGACACAGGGGACUGCAUGGAGGGAAGGGGGGGCCCAGCAGAGAGUGGGCUCUGAGCUGGAAGAUGGCCGACACUGCAGACCAGGAUGUAGUCACUGAGGAGGAGGAAGAGGUAGAAGAGGAGGAAAGUUGAAACCUUCUGAAGGACAUUGAUCAUUUGGGGGACAUUUGACAAAUGGAUGAAGUCAUUAUUUCAUCUCCUAAAAGGCUGUCUACCAACAUAGAAUCUCUGGGUUUGAAGACUGAAGCCAAAACUGAGGUUUUAAACCUGAAUUCUUUCUAAUGGCCAGCAGGGGGUGACUCCACUCGUUGCACUAAGAAGUCAUAUUGUUCAGAAACUACGGGAGAAAUGACCACUCCAUAUUUUACCUCAGUGGACAUUUCCCUUAUGAGCUCAUGGUCUCAAUCGGUAGUUUAGGGCUAAAUCUUUUUCAAUACUAUAAAUAUAAACUAUAAAUGAUGAUGCCAUUUCAGAGAUUUAAAAUAGAUAAUAAAGCAGUGUUUUUUUAGAGAGCCUGUGACAGCCUUCCAACAACUGUUGUGCAAUGAAAUAUCGGGC